CCGAGCGUCUUUUUGACGCGGCUGCGGCUCAGAGGGCGAUACGAGUAUUCACCAGGUAUCUGGGUUCACUUCCAUCUCGGUCCGCGAAAAGACCUAGACUGGCAGACAACACCAUCAUCAAUCGAUCUCUUCACCGGGCCCAACCAAGCCAUUCUCUCCUUUCUUCACCUAUCCUCACCUGAAGCUUCACCUUGUACCACCAGCUCCACUCUCACUCCCGUGUCUGCGCGACGCCAACACAGGUCAUUUCACUGCACAAUACAGCUCCCACCAGCCUGGCGUGUUGCCCUGCCCUGCCACAUCCACGGCUAUUGUUGUCACCAACCAGCUCCAAAGGCAGCCUUGCUUUCAGGCCGCCACUCCACUCAGUCUACUACACGCACAACCCCAAGCCGGGCGGCCGUCUGCAAGUUUGCCCACAAUGUCGCAGACGGCCUCUUUCCAGGUGACGCAGGAGAUGCGAGACUUAAAAGAGGAGAUUCUCUUUCAGAAAGUCCUCCUACAAUCAAUCGACGACAAUGUUCAGGAUCGCGAGGCUGCUGAGCAAGAAGUUCGCCAUGAAAUUCACUCUUUAGAACGCCAAUUGAAUCGCCUGAAACGCGCAGCCCAAGGCUCCAGUGGCUUUUCUUCAAAGCCUUCCUCCCAAUCUUUCCAUUCAACUCCAGGAAAAGAUCCCACGAACAGUGCUUCAGAAGAUCCUGCAAGAGUAGCGAUGAACGGCUACCCAGCUUCAGAGCAGUGGCACACUCGGUCCUCAGCGGCAUCAAUAGCUUCUACAGCUGGCACCGUUGACUCCCUCGGAAAUCUAGUCAGCCCUUCGAAUAUGAAUCUACCUACCCGAAAGCGAUCACACAGCACACACCUUGACGGUCAGCUUACUAUUCCUCUCGAUAAUAAGUCCAGGCGAACAUCAGAGAGUCCUUUUGGUACUGGUCCUCCUACACCGUCUACGAGUAGUUCAGGUGACGAUAAGUUCGAUGCGUUUGAUAGGGAAUUCUUUCAACAGCAACAUGACGAGGUUUCGAGACUGGAGCGGGAAAGAAUGGACGAGGAGUUCGCUCGAACUAUUCAGAAUAGCUUCUCCGACCCUCAGAUGGGUGCUCCGUCAAGUUCCAUGCAACCCCCUGCACGGACUGCCUUCGACCGGAUGUCUGGUGGCCAUCAGCAGUCAUUCGCAUCUACAAACCCCUACUCAUCCAAUCCGUCAACACAAUACCAGAAUGGAGCAAAUGCUAGUAGAAAGCUUCCGUGGGGACCCGCACCUCAAACAUAUGGCAGCUCGUCUGUCAAGGCAGAACCAAGGUCAAUGAAAUCAGGCGUCAAGCAAGAAAAACCAGACUUGGCUUCGUAUAAAUCUAUGGCUUCUUCUUCCAGUGCCCAGAAUCCAUUCAAGCGGGAGCAAUCUUCACGGCCUAUGCCAGGCAGCUUUCAGGACGACUCUUCUGAUGACUCCGAUUCAGACCUCGAGAUCAUACCGGCGUCAGCCUUUCGCGAUAAUGGUCGCCACACCCAAACCAAGGUUGAAAGACCCAGCUAUGCAGGACCAUCCAGAAGUUCUGGAUCGACCGAUGCGUUGCAGAAUGCCUUGUUUGGCGGCCACUUGAAGCACGAAUGGAUGAAUGGGACGCAGCCUAGAGUGAACGGUGACUUUGUCUCCCCGCAGAGUAUGCAACAAGGACAAAAGAUUGAUCUUACUGGUGACUUCUCAAUGGACUACGUCCCUAUAUUUACUGGCUAUGGUGCUGGACACAUGUCAAAUCCAAAUCCAAAUCCAAACCCUCUGAGAGACCUCAUUGCUCGAGCCAACGGAAACAAUCUCGAGGAACUAUCAGACUUUCUCCACCUUGAUCCACAGAGAAUGGAUCAACUCGGCUACGUGCUGAAUGACCCGCGCAAAAACGCCGAAGAAAUCCAGGCUCUGCUCGAGAAUAUCCAACCGGACAUCGGGCUUGCCCCCGAGGACAGAGGAGGAACCCCAGACGCUCUUGUGUACCCCCUGUAUGAGCACCAGAAGAUCGCCUUGACGUGGAUGAAGGCAAUGGAAACAGGCACCAACAAAGGCGGAAUCCUUGCAGACGACAUGGGCUUGGGCAAGACUAUUUCAGCUCUCGCACUUAUUCAUUCUCGUCCAUCGGGGGAUCGCGCACGCAAGACCACAUUGGUCGUCGGUCCAGUUGCGCUCGUUCGCCAGUGGGAUCGGGAACUCAGAAAUAAGACCCUACCCCAGUACAGACUUAGUACCUAUAUGCUUCACGGACAGGCAAGAAAGUUAGGCUGGGACGAUCUUCGAAAUUUUGAUGUGGUUUUCACGACGUAUGGUACUCUAGGCGCUGAGUACAAGCGCCUCCAAAAAUUCUACGACAAGAUGAAGCUUGAUGGCAACCCCACGUUUGACCAGGUGGAGAUUAAAAAGAAAUUCCCCUUGCUUGGGUCAAAGAGUACCUGGUAUCGCGUUAUCCUCGAUGAGGCUCAGUGCAUCAAGAAUAAGUCCACUGGCGCUGCCAGAGCAUGCUGUACCCUCCAGGCGAUAUAUCGUUUCUGCCUCACCGGAACCCCGAUGAUGAACAAUGUCGGCGAGCUAUAUUCUUUGAUCCAUUUCCUUCGAAUCAAACCAUACAACGAGUGGCAGAGGUUCCAGGAGAACUUUGGCUGUCUGACCAAACCGGACCCCUCAAAAUCGAGAAGGCGGGAUACUGAUGGCGCCAUGCGAAAGCUCCAGGUGCUCCUGAAAGCUAUCCUGCUACGACGAACCAAGAAAUCCAUGAUCGAUGGAAAGCCUAUCAUCACCCUUCCCGAGAAGACAGAAGAAAUUCAGCACGUUGUAUUUGAUGAUGAUGAAAAAGCUUUUUACACAGCACUUGAAACUAAGACCGUGCUACAGUUCAACAAGUAUAUGAAAGCUGGCACAGUUGGAAAAAAUUACACAAGUGUCUUGGUUUUGCUUCUCCGCCUUCGACAAGCCUGCUGCCAUCCACAUCUCAUCCACGACUUCGACCAGCCACUUCCCGAUGCCGAGAAUGCCGAGGGUAUGAUGGAAUUGGCGAGAGGCUUGGUACCUGAGGUUGUCAAUCGGAUUCUUGGUGCCGAUGGCGCUUUUGAGUGUCCGGUCUGUUACGAUGUGUUUGUCAAUCCCAAGAUCAUAACCCCUUGUGGUCAUGACACUUGUAGCGAGUGUAUGACUCGGAUCGCCGACCAAGCUGCUCAACAGAAUGUUGCCGCAGGCGAUGAGGGUGAGAACAACCUUAAAUGUCCUACAUGUCGUGGGCCACUAUCGAUGAACAAGGUCAUUGAUUACAGCGUUUUUAAACAAGUUCACGCCCCAGAUGCCGGUGAUGAGGAGACGGCAAGUGACAACAGCGAUAGUGAGGAUGAUUCGGAGACGGAUUCAGAUUCAGAUUCAGAUUUGGAAACAGAGUCAGAUGUUGAUGAUGGUGGAGAUUUGAAAGGCUUCGUUGUCCCAGAUGACAUCGAAGAUACUGAUGAGGAGGCGGAAGACAACAACGCUGAUGAUGAUGAGGAGGAGGAGGAGGAGGAGGCGGAGGUUAUCCCUAACGAUGCAAAGUCUAAGAAAUCCAAGGACAAGAGCAAGUCCAAGUCUAAGAGCAAGUCCAAGGGCAAGACUCAGCGCAAGGAAAAGCGAGAAAAGUCCAAGGGCAAGAAACCAGAGAAGAAAGUUCACCUUUCGAUAGCUAUGCUUAAAAAAGAAGCAACGAAGACAGUUGAUGGACGGCGUCGAUAUAUGAAGUAUCUUCGCAAGAAUUGGCAACCAUCAGCAAAGGUCACGAAGUGUAUGCAGCUCCUCGAGUCAUUCCUUGAUGUUGAAGACCCUAGAGACCGCAAGAAGACGAUCAUUUUCAGUCAAUUCGUGUCUCUCCUUGACUUACUUCAAGUUCCAAUCGACCAAAAGAAGUGGAAAUGUCUUCGUUACGACGGGACGAUGUCUGCAGAGCUCCGAAACGAUGCUAUCAACAGAUUCACUGACUCUAAAGAGCAUAACAUCAUGCUCAUCUCCUUGAAAGCUGGUAAUGCAGGUCUUAAUUUGGUUGCUGCAUCUCAAGUCAUCAUCUUGGAUCCUUUCUGGAACCCAUACAUCGAGAUGCAAGCUGUCGAUCGAGCCCAUCGUAUUGGUCAACAAAAUAAGGUCGAGGUUCAUCGAAUCUUGAUUGAGGGCACAGUGGAGGACCGUAUCAUUGACCUUCAAAACCAGAAGCGAAACUUGGUUGAGAGUGCCCUUGACGAAAACGCCUCGAAGAGUAUGGGUCGUCUUGACAUUCGACAACUUGCCUUCCUCUUCAACGGCAACAACAAUAACGUGGGAUAGACGGUCUACAUCAUUUUCCUUGUACAGUAAAACUUUCACGAUAAAAUAUCUCGCCUGUAACGAAAUCAGUGUGCUUGCGGCAUUGAUAUUUCCUCUUGAUUUGCACUUUGGGCCAUUCUCCUAGGGUACGAGGGGGAGACAUUCACUAUGGACAAGACCUGGCAUGGUCUGGGAUGGCAUAGAUGGCAUGAUGAUUUCUUGGCGUGAGCCGACGAUUUUGGCUGCACAUGAUACCCUGGAUUGGCGUUUACUUGCCGGUAUCAUUGCAUUGAAAUCCUUAAAAUUGUGUCUACGGGGCGGUUUUGAGCAUUUCUGCAGGGGAUCUGAAGAAUUAAAAAGCUCUCUCGAACCAUUAAAUGACACCAAAUAUAUCUCUGGC